CCACAGACAACAUCGGAAAACUCCUCAACUUUCUCGGGAGCACCCGGUGACCUUUUCAGCCUCUUUUUUUUAUUUUCUAUAUUUCAUUCCCACCAUGACACCUUCAAUUGUGCGCGAGCGGUACGAUACAUGCGUUUCUACGGCUGGGGGGCGGAAGUGAGAGAAGAGGGAAGUUGCCACAGGAGAUAUAGGGGAAAUAAACCCCUUAAAAGUGAGUCAAGUUCAAGUCACAUUUCGUCUUCCGAGAGGAAGGGUGGCCCUGGAGUGUUUGAGGGCAUGGACACCCACGUGAAGGAGGGACAGCUUUAUGUGCAGCACCAGAAGUUUGGAAAGAAAUGGAAGAAGAACUGGUUCGUCCUCUACCCCGCCAGUCAGAACGGCAUCGCCCGCCUCGAGUUCUUCGACUCGCCCUCGGGCGGAGUGGGCGGGGCCGGCGGAGGCUCCGGAGGCGGGUCCAGUGAGAAAACCAGGAAGCUCGACAAGAAGAUCAUCCGCUUGUCUGAGUGCAUCUCCAUCCUGCCGGCUCUGACGGAGAGCUGUCCCAAAGACAACAUGGCGGCGUUCUGCGUGGAGACCAACGACAAGACCCACGUGUUCGCCGCGGAGAAGAACGCCGCCAAAGACUGGAUGGACACCAUGUGCGACAUCACAUUUCAGGGUGGAGGCGGCAGCAGCAGCACCGCCGCAGACUCCGAUGGAGGAGCCCUGGACCUGCAGAUGGCUGAAAACCUCAUCUACUGCUCCAGAGAGGAGGUGAACGAGUUCUGGCUGAGCGUUCAGCGCACCGAGGCGUCGGAGCGCUGCGGUCUGACGGGCAGCUACUGGCUGAAAGCUGAAAACGACACUUUGACCUUGAAGGAGCCAAAGACCAAGAGGAACGUUCUGGUGUGGCCCUACAAGCUGCUGAGGAGAUAUGGGCGAGACCGGGUGAUGUUUUCCUUCGAGGCCGGCCGCCGCUGCGACUCGGGCCCCGGGAACUUCACCUUCGAGACCAAGCAGGGCAACGAGAUCUUCUCACUGGUGGACCAGGCCAUCCAGUCGCAGAAGGUGCUGGCCGAGGAGCGCCACCUCAGCUGCCCGACUAACUCGGACCCGGAAUGCCCCGCGUCGCUGCAGCACAUCCGCAACACCGUUCCCGGCGGCGUGCCGGCGGGAGGCGGAGACAGCAGCAGCAGCAGCUGCAGCAGCCGGGAGGCCGACGGAGACUCGGGCGGCAGCAAACCGGGCUCUGCUGACGGUGUGCUCGGGAAGAGGGAGGGCACUGCAGGAGGAAUCAAGGGGAGGAGUUUACCAGAACCACCAGCCAUGUUGGGGGGUCUGGGGGCGGGGCCUGCGAAGUCUCCCAGGGGACAGACGGCCGCCAAAGCUCUCGCCUCGGCGGAGGAACACGCGAGUCUUUAUUCCGAGCCGGCGGAUUCAGUCCGUCUGCCGCCGCUCGGCUUCGACCGCCUGUACUCGGACCCGGUGGACAGCAUCAAGGGUCAAAGCCAAACCGGCAACCCCUCCCCCGCUCCGGUGCCCACCCCGCGCCUCCGGCCGCUAGGAGACGAGUCUCCGGCGGGCGGCGUCCAGACGGAUCAUCACCUCGUCGGCGGCGACCACAGGAAGCCGCCGGACCUGUACUCGCACCUGUACGACCGGAUCGGCCUGGAGCUGAUCCACAAGGCGAGCGCGCUGAGCCUGAACGGGGCCGGGGGGGGGGGGCGAGGCGCCGACGGCAAUCGGCGACCGCCGGGCGGUGAAGCGGAAGGGUCUCCGCCGCCCCCCGCCACGCGCCAGGAGCACAUCUACGACGAACCCGAGGGUCGCGCCAAAGGAGGCGUGUCCUCUAGUUCGGGGAUGAGUAUCUACGACGAGGCGCGCUUGGAGCCGUACGGCGGCGGGAGGAGACAGGACCGUACGGCUCCGAGGUGGCCCAAAGCGUUCGCCGGCCUCAAACCGGGGAGGGUCGCUUUUGGCCGUAAAGAGCUGCCGCCGCCGCCGCCCCCCGGAAAGCACGGAGGCCCCGGCACUAGCAGCGUCAACAACAACAACAACAACAAUAUUUGGGGGGGAGGAGACGCGGGGAGGGAGCUGUACAGCAAAGUGUCCAAGCUGAAACCUCCAUCUGCUCAUGUGUGGAACAACCAGCAGCAGCAGGCGGCGGCGCUGAGGUCACCUGACAUCAUCUAUGACAACUUGGGAGACGCUUAAAAUCCUUCUUUCCCUUUUGUGAAAAGAGGAGAAGACUUGACUUUAUUCUUUCAGUUCUGUGUCGGGACGAAGCACCUUUCUUCAUCUGUGGACCGGCAUGAUUAGUUUAGACGGCGGAUUCCUCAGUCGAGCCGCUCAGAACCACGAGAACACCACAUGACGGCUGCACGCUGAAGCAGUGACUGCAACUAUUGUAGGGCCACCCUGUGUGUGUGUGUGUGUGUGUGUUUGAGAAAGAGAGAGUGUGUGUGCAUGGUCAAACCCAUAACUGGAGCACCAAGCCACUGUGUGGUUGGAACCAGCCACUUCACUUGAACACACACACACACACACACACACAGAAACCAUGUGGAUCUGCCAAAGGGAGCCCGGCCUUCAGGCCUCACUCCAACAAGCUGAGAAAGAGAGAGAGAGAGAGAGAGAGAGAGAGAGAGAGAGGCUUGGCUCUACUUUAAAAAAAAAUAUCUGUCGUGCUGAUGAAGUAACUGGGAAUCAUGUUUUUGCACUUCUUAGGCUUGGAGUGUCUUUGAGGCCAGAACUUCACCAAAAGGAGCUGGUCUUUUUGUCUUUGUGGUUUUCUGGACUGAUCGAUCCUCCUCAAUCCCAAAAUGUACGGGAGACUGACAACAUGUUCAGUAAUCUGAGACGCCGUGCUUAGCACCCCUGUGAAUGUCAAAACAUGGUUGCUACUGGUUUCGGGGAUCUUGGAACCAGACAUACAUGAAGAGGUCACGGGGGUCACAUGAUCCUCACAUGGGCUUUGAGUUACAGAGGCAAUAUAAGAGAAUCCCUUUUGUUUCUAUGUACAGACUAAAUAUGAAACUAAUCAACUGCGACGUGUCAGAAUCAGCUGUGCUGUCUGUAAAUAUAACUAUUAAUAAAAAUGGCUCUCAAAACUUUUAAAAAGCUCCUCCCUUUAUUGCUACAUUACGACUUCCUCCCAGUGCGGACCAGAAGGUUUUAAAUAAUG